UGCAACAGAGAGAACAUCACGAUCCUCUCUUCGACUUCGGGUCUUUGAAUUCCAAUGAAUCCUCCUUCUCCAUCUUCUCUCGAAACCCUUGCUCUCACUCACCGCACUCUCCAUGUUUGCUCACUCUUCGGCCAUCUUGGGCCACAUUCACUUCCUGCUCGAGACAGUCGACGAAUCGAACUCCGACGACGUCUUUUCAGGAGCUUUGCCAGGGGUGAACUACUGCAUGACUCAAAUUGGGGAACUACUUGCUGGAAAUUUGUGUGUCAACUCUGUUGAGCAAAUUCAGAAUAUUUUUAUGUUUCUUCAUCAUUCUGAGGGUCUCUCCAAGCAUUUAGAUUCCUUCAUGAAAAUGGCAUCUUCAAUGCGAUUGAAAGAGGGGAACCAAUUUAUUUUGUCUCCGUUGCUUCCUGACGAACUGCUUGAGACUACCUUGAGGAAGUUGGAUUUGUUUGAAGACAAUGAGGAUGAAUUUGAUUCUAUUAUUUUAGAAAUGGAAAAGGAGAUGAGCAUGGCUGAUAUAAUGAAGGAAUUGGGUUAUGGAUGCACAGCUAAUGUUCCACAGUGCAAAGAGAUAUUAUCUCUCUUCUUACCGCUGACUGAAAUCAUGGUCUCUAAGAUACUUGGUGCAAUUGCUCAAACACAUUCUGAGAUGGAGGACAAUUACAGUGAUUUUUCAACUUUCUGUUCUGCUCUUGGUUGCCGUCUGUCUGAUAUGCCAUCAUUGAGUUCAUGGAAUAUUGAUGUUCUUAUAGAUUCAAUCAAUCAGCUUUCUCCUGGAAUCAACUGGAUGAGUGUUUUUGAAAGCCUAGAUCAUGAGGGAUUCUACUUCCCUGAUGAGGCGGCAUUUUCCUUCUUUAUGUCAGUCUACAGGCAUACAUGCAAGGAACCAUUCCCACUCCAUACCAUCUGUGGGUCUGUUUGGAAGAAUACAGAGGGCCAACUAUCUUUUCUUAAGUAUGCUGUUUCAGUACCACCUGAAGUGUUUAACUUUGCACAUUCUGCAAGACAACUGGGAUAUUUUCAUGCUGUGUCUGAUCAUAAGUUUCGACUUGGACAUCCCAACCAUGCAUGGUUGUGCCUUGAACUUUUCGAGGUGCUGUGUCAGCUAGCUGAGAGGGGUCAUGUCAGUGACAUACGACCAAUGCUCAAAGAUCCCCUUGAGCAUUGCCCUGAAGUCUUACUGCUUGGGAUGGCUCAUAUUAAUACUGCUUAUAACGUCCUCCAGAAUGAAAUCACUUCAACUGUUUUGCCCAUGAUGCUUAAAAAUAGCACAGCAAGUGUUGUGGCUCGUCAUCUCUGGCAUGUUAACCCUAAUCUUUUGCUGCGGGGAUUUUUAGAUACUUAUGACAUUGAUCCGAGCAAUAUGAGUAGAAUUUUAGACAUCUGCCAGGAGCUAAAGAUAGUCUUGCCGGUAUUGGAUAUGGUUCCUUCUUAUUUUGGCAUUAGACUGGCUGCCCUUGCUUCUCAAAAAGAACUUAUAGACAUGAAGAAAUGGUUGAUUUCUAAUUUAAGUACUUACAAAGAUAUUUUCUUUGAGGAGUGCCUCAAACUUCUAAAGGAAAUUCAGUUUGGCAUAUCUCAGGGAGUUUCUUCUGAACAUCCCAGCCAUUCUGGUGCUGUAUGGAAACUUUAUUCAGAGACUAGUCCUACCAUACUGAAGGUUCUUCGAGCUCACAAGGGCUUGACUAUCUGUAGACAGAUUUCUCAUGAAUUGGAGAAGUUGCACAUAACCUUCAUGAAUGCUACUUCAAGAAUGAAGAAUUAUAGUGCUGAUAAUUUGUUGCCCUCUGACCUUGAGAGGGGGGAGGAGGCGGCAAAUUCUUACUUCUAUAAGAUGUUUACUGGUGAACUAACUACUGAUGAAAUGAUUAAAAUGCUUGCUCGACUCAAAGAAUCUAAUGAGAAAAGGGAACAAUCGAUUUUAAAGUGCAUAAUCAGCAAUCUAUUUGAAGAAUACGAUUUUUUCUCCAUGUACCCUGAGGAGCAGCUCAAACUUACCGCAAUUCUAUUUGGCUCUCUUGUCAAGCAUCGGAUAGUAACUGAUCUCACUCUUGGUAUUGCCCUCCAAGGUGUUUUGGAUGCAUUACAUAAACCUGCAGAUAGUAAAAUGUUCAUGUUUGGGACCAUAGCUCUGGAACAGUUCGUGGACCGUUUGAUUGAGUUGCCACAGUACUGCAAUCUUAUCUUACAAAUAGCUCACCUGCGUGCUACUCAUUCUGAGCUUGUUGCAUUUGCUGAAAGGGCACUUUCCAGGAUAUCAUCUGGUCAUUCAGAGUCAGUUCUCGGACAUAAUGCAGAUUCUGAUCAACAACAUGGUUCUGUUCAAGCUACAUCAACAAAUAUGGAGGUGCCUGUUUCAUCAUCCUCACCAAUUGGAUCUGUUAACACACAACUUGGGUCGCAAAUUUCUUCUUCAACUCAGCCUCAACAAAGACAUGAAGCUUGCUUGGAGAACACUCAAAAAGUUUCUGUAUCAUCUUCUGAGCAACCUUGCAUAAAAUGCAUUGAUGCAAAACCUUCAGUUGUUGAUCUGAGUGAUGCAGCAGCCAUUCAGAAGUCCCAGAGUGCAACAAGUGCUUCGGCUGCUCCAUCUUCCUCGUUGGGGUUUUCUCGUCCAUCUAAACCAUUUUCCUUAGCAAGAUUUGGCUCUGCUUUGAAUAUUGAAACACUUGUUGCUGCUGCGGAGAAAAGGGAGACUCCUUCAGAGGCUCCAGCAUCUGAGAUUCAGGAGAAUAUCUCAUUUAUGAUUAACAAUUUAUCUGCUGCAAAUAUUGAAUCCAAAGCGAAAGAAUUUACUGAAAUCUUGAAAGAGCAGUACUAUCCUUGGUUUGCUCAGUACAUGGUAAUUAAAAGGGCAAGCAUUGAGCCAAAUUUUCACGACUUGUACUUGAAGUUCCUAGACAAAGUUAACUCAAAAACUUUGCAGAGAGACAUUCUACAAGCCACUUAUGAGAACUGCAAGGUUCUAUUGGGCUCAGAACUUAUAAAAUCAAGUUCUGAAGAGCGUUCCUUGCUGAAGAAUCUGGGAAGUUGGCUGGGAAAGAUUACAAUUGGUAAAAAUCAAGUUUUGAGGGCACGAGAGAUUGACCCCAAAUCUUUGAUCAUGCAGGCUUAUGAAAAGGGUUUGAUGAUUGCAGUAAUUCCAUUCACCUCCAAGAUUUUGGAACCAUGCCCAAGCAGUCUGGCUUACCGACCUCCUAAUCCUUGGACCAUGUCAAUUCUUCAAUUACUUGCUGAGAUUCAUGCAAUGCCAAGUUUAAAAAUGAACCUUAAGUUUGACAUUGAGGUCCUAUUCAAGAACCUUGACGUUGAUCUGAAGGCAGAACCUCCAACUUCACUUCUGAAGGAUAGGAUACGAAAAGCUGAAGGAAAUCCGGACUUCUCCAGCAAAGAUGCUCGACAACAGAUAGUUGAUGCAGUCAAACCUGGUAUGCCAUCUACCCAAAAUGGGGUUCAACUACCACUUGAUAUUGGCAGCCCAUCUCAUCCCAGUGGCCAUUCAAGUUUAAUAUCUCAGCAUCCUGUUUCUCUCCAAGUUUCUUCUGCUACAGCGACUGAGGAAAAGGUGUUAGCUGUAGCUCUCUCAAAUCAGCUCCCUUCUGGGCAAAGACUGCUACAACAAUCGCCAAUUUCUGAUAUUCAGCUUCAAAUGUCUGUAUCAAAUAUUGAACAACAAAUUACUGUAAACCCAAAGCUUCAUGCCCUUGGCCUCCACCUGCAAUUCCAGAGAGCCAUUCCAAUUGCUAUAGAUAAAGCAAUCAAGGAGGUAGUUUCCAAUAUAGUGCAGCGUACUUUUUCUAUAGCAAGUCAAACAACAAGGGAAAUGAUUUCGAAGGAUUUUGCCAUGGAGUUAGAUGAGACCCGCUUAUGGAACGUAGUGCACUUGAUGGUUGCCAGUCUGGCUGCAAGUUUAGCUUAUAUAGCAUGCAAGGGACAUCUGCGUAGAUCAGUAACAAGUCAGCUUAGGGUUUCGCUUCAGGAUCUAAACAUAGCAAGUGAACUUCUUGAACAAGCUGUGCAACUUGUUACUGAUGAUAACCUUGAUCUGGGCUGUGCACUGAUUGUACAUGCUGCAAAAAAUAAGGCAAUACACUCCAUUGGAGAAAUAGGUCAACAACUUGCUAUAAGGAGGAAGCACAUAGAGGAUGUAUGUCCUAAAUAUUUUAAUUCGGCUCUACAUACAAAAGGUCAUGCUGGUAUUUAUGAGGAGUCGGUUUGGUUACCCUGGCUGAAUCAGUCAAAGCAUAGCUCAGAGGUCCCUUCAGUUGGUUCUUCAGCUUCAUCUGCAGUUGGUGUGUCCAAUAGGCUUACUUCAUCAUCAGGAAAACUGAACCCAGGCCUUUCUUCUUCUGGUUCACGGAGAGCAGGAUUUAAUGCAGAUGCUGAACCCUUUUAUCUUGUCCCUGAGUGGAGUUCACAUCUUCAUAGUGUGCCCUCUCCUUUUACUAGCGCAACUGGUAGAGUUGGUCUACAACAGUUUGAAAAUGAUGCUCUUGGUGCAUCACUUCCUUCUGCCUCAGCUCCUGAAAUACUUUCUGUGGAAACUUCCAACAAUACAGAAGAAAUGGCAUCUUCUUCACAGCCAUUACUUUCAACUUCUGCAAGAGAGCCCCCAAGAAGUAGUGCUUCAGAGCCUUUGUUGACCACAGGUGAAGCAUUGGAGAAAUACCAAAUAAUUUCAGAAAAGGUGGAAACUCUGGUAACAAAUGGUGCUAAAGUUGCAGAUAUUCAGGCUGUUAUUCUUGAGGUUCCUGAAAUUUUUCUCAGAUGUGUAAGCCGAGAUGAAGCUGCAUUAGCUGUGGCUCAAAAGGUUUUCAGGGUUUUAUAUGAAAAUACAUCAGAUACUGUACAUGUUGCUGCUCGUCUAGCUGUUCUGGCUGCCAUUCGUGAUGCUAGUAAGCUUGUGGUCAAGGAGCUGACUAGUUGGGUGCUCCACUCUGAUGAGGAUCGCAAAUUUAACAAAGAUAUAACAAUCGGCCUUAUUCGCCAUGAAUUGCUAAACCUUGCAGAGUACAAUGUUUAUAUGGCUAAGAUGGUUGAUGCGGGAAAGAAUAGUGCUGCAACUGAGUUUGCUAUUUCCCUUAUUGAAACAUUGUUGGUUAAUGAUUCCAGGGUUAUUUCUGAACUACAUGAUAUCAUUGAAGCGUUGUCAAAGCUUGCAGCAGCGGCUGGAUCUCCAAAAUCAUUACAACAUCUGGUUGAAGUUGCCAGGAAUCCUGCUGCCUAUCCAACUGCUGUUUCUGUUGGAGAGGAGGAUGACACUAGACAAGUGAGAGAGGAAGCUUCUGGGUACUCUACAGGAAGCAGGGAAGACUGUAAUGUUCUGGAGUCAGAGGAACCUGAUUUGGAUGGUUUUUAUGAGAAGGUUACUAUGCUGUUUGCGGAAUGGCACGAGAUAACUUCACUUCCUGGUGCAAAUGAUGCAACAUAUGCCCUUUAUGCCUUAAAAUUGCAGCAAAGUGGAAUGCUAAAAGGAGAUGACAACUUGGAUCAUUUUUUCCACUGGCUCAUGAAGCUUUCAGUAUCACAUUGCCUGGCCUCUGAGAUGAUUAGUUCUGGCACUCUUCAAUCAGAAGUCAAGCCCAUCUCCUACCUUGCUAUUGACCUUUAUGCAAAGCUUGUUUUUUCAAUCAUAAAGUUUUUCCCUCCAGAGCAGGGUUCAAACAAUCUCUCUCUUUUGCCCAAGAUUCUAGAUGUGAUUGUGAAAAACAUGCAGAAGGAUGCAGAGGAGAAGAAAUUAUCUUUUGAUCCAAGGCCAUAUUUCAGGUUAUUUAGUGACUGGUUGCUGGACCUGAUUUCUCUGGAUCCUAUUUGUGAUGUUGCAAACUUUCAGGUUUUGGCAGCUUUUGCAAAUGCGUUCCAUGUUCUUCAGCCCCUUAAAGUUCCUGGAUUCAGCUUUGCUUGGAUUGAGCUUGUGAGUCAUCGGAAUUUCAUGCCGAAAUUGCUUACUGGAAAUGCUCAGAAGGGGUGGCCUUAUAUGCAACAUUUGCUGGUAGACUUAUUUCAAUUCCUAGAGCCAUUCAUGAGGAAACCUGCAUGGCCAGCACCGGUUCAAUUUCUAUACAAAGGCAUGCUAAGGGUGUUGCUAGUGCUAAAGCAUGACUUCCCUGAGUUCCUUUCCAGUUAUCACUUUAGCUUUUGUGAUGUCAUUCCUCAGAGCUGCUUACAGAUGCGAAACAUAAUCCUCAGUGCAUGUCCCCAUAAUUUGAGGAUACCAGAUCCAUUUACCGCAAACCUAAAGAUUGAUCCAUUGGUAGAACUUACAAAAUACCCAUGUAUUCUCUCUGAUGUUGAUGCCGCUCUUAGAGAAAAACAGAUUAAGGGUGACAUAGAUGAGUAUUUAAAGACGAGGCAACAGGGCUCUUCGUUUUUAACUGAAUUGAAGCAGGAACUGCUGCUUUUACCAAGGGAUGCUAGCCAGGAUGGGACCCGGUAUAAUGUACCAUUGAUCAACUCACUUGUGCUUUAUCUCGGAAUGCAGGACGUACGGCAGCUGCAAGCAAGAACUGCUAAUUGCACCAAGUCAACUGCUAGUAAUGAUGCAGCUGUCUUCCUAGAUGGCCCUGCCUUGGACAUCUUCCGUACUUUACUUCUGGAUCUUGAUUCUGAAGGCUGCUAUCUGGUUCUGAGUGCAAUGGCUAACCAACUACGUUAUCCGAACGACCUUACAAGUUACUUUGCUGUCGCCCUUCUUCACAUAUUUUAUGAAUCAAACCAGGAAGCAGUGCAGGAGAGAAUUACAAGGGUUCUGUCGGAACGCCUGAUUGUCCGCGAGCCUCAUCCAUGGGGUGUUUUGGUUACGUUCUUGGAGCUGAUUAAGAAUCCUAAAUACAACUUCUGGAGCCGAUCUUUCACGAGGUGUGCCCCAGAAGAGAUCAUGAAGUUCUUUCAAUCUGUCUCGAGGGGCUGUGCAGGCCCCAUACCUGAGAACCAGGCUGGAUCCUCAAGGCGCCCAUCCGACAACAUGAAAUAAGUUUUAAUUAUCUCAGCUUUGAAACCUUUUGUCUUGUUGGUUGUACUCAUCGAGUUAACUUAGGAAAACGUGCCCUUACAUCGUUGAAUGCAAAUGAUAUAUGCUGGAAAACAGUUUGAACUUUGAACAUGAUGGAUAUUAUUAUGACUUCUAUGCUUUGCAUGCUCUGCUUUCUUCUGCUCUUUUAUUAUUUACUUUUUGUCAAAUACUUGUAUUUAGCUUUUUUCUUUUUCUUGUUGGGUAGGGAAUUUUGUAUUCUA